AUGUAUGGGCCAUGUGGUAUUGCAAAACCAGAUUCUCGGUGCAUGAAGUUAGGUCGUUGCUCGAAGAAGUUUCCAAAAAAACAUGAGGAAACUACAUGCUUUGACAAGAACGGUUACGCACGAUAUAAGAGACGACAGACAACACGCGUUGUUAAAAAUGGCGUGCCCUUAGAUAACUGUUUCGUUGUUCACUACAAUCGAUGUUUGUGUUUGCAUUUCGAGGCACACAUAAACGUUGACUAUUGUCGCUGGAGUAUGCUGGUAAAGUACUUAUUUAAGUACAUAUCGAAAGGACCAGAUCGCAUACGCUAUGCAAUAUCCAGACCUUCAACCACGUCAACUAACGAUAGAAUAGACACAACUCACGUCGAAAUAGAUGAAAUAAAAAACUUCAUUGACAGCCGUUUCAUCUGUCCUCAUGAGGCUGCCUGGAGAAUUCUUAAUUUUAAUAUACAUGAUAGGAAUCCACCUGUUCAAUUACUAGCAGUUCAUCUCAAGGACAUGGAAAAAGUAUAUUUCAAAGACAAGGACAGGCUAAAGAAUGUGGCAAGGAAUCCAUCUGCCGUGAAAACAACGCUUACUGAAUGGCUUCGUAAUAAUCAGUAUGACACGAGAGGUAGACAUCUAACUUAUAUCAACUACAUCUCUGAGUACCGAUGGGUCGUAUCUUCCAAAUACUGGACUCGCAGAUCAUCGACAAAGACCCCAGCCAUUGGGAGAAUGGUUUACGUGCAUCCGACAAGUGACGAUCUUUUCUACUUAAGAAUGUUACUAUCACAUCAAAAGGGAUGCCAAACGUUUGAAGACAUUUGUACAGUUGAUGGACAAGAAUGCAUUACAUACCGGGACGCAUGUGAAAAGCUAGGUUUACUUCAGGACGAUGACGAGUGGUUAACUGCCUUUAAUGAGGCUGCUUUAUGGGCAACUGCAAAAGAGCUAAGGACUUUGUUUACCCACAUGCUACUGUAUUGUGAGGUUUCAAACCCACGCAAAUUAUGGACUACGCAUUGGGAUAAGAUGGCAGAUGAUAUAGCUCAUACACAUGGCAUUAUCAAUUCAGAGGACUUGGAACAAUACGUGCUUUAUGAAAUAGAAUUGUUACUCCGAUCCUCUACUCCUACUUCGUCUUUAUCAGAGUUUGGCCUACCAUUACCUAAUCAGCAAUUACUUCUUUCUUUAAGAAAUAAACUCUUACUGGAAGAAAAAAAUUAUGACAGCAUGAAAUUAGCGAGUAGUAGCCAGGUCCUUGCUUUCGUGUAUGGCCACGGCGGAACUGGAAAGACAUAUCUAUGGAAAACUAUAAUUUCAGGGCUGCGAUCUGAUGGGAAAAUUGUCUUGGCAGUAGCUACCUCUCGUAUAGCAUCUUUGCUACUACCUUCUGGUAGAACGGCACAUUCUAGAUUCAAAAUUCCUUUAGACUAUGAGUCCACUUGCAACGUUAAAAAAAACACCCACCUAGCUCACUUACUGAUUCAAACGUCACUUAUUAUUUGGGAUGAGGCCCCGAUGAACGAUAGAAAGUGUUUCGAAUCUUUGGGCAGGACUCUCAAAGACCUUUUAAACAACAACAAACAGCCUUUUGGUGGCAAAUCAAUACUAUUAGGGGGAGACUUUAGGCAAACACUACCUGUUAAAAAAAGGGCUUCAAAACAUUCUAUCAUAGCGUCAUCAUUGCCUAAGUCUUACUUAUGGAGCAAAUUCAAAGUGUUUCUAUUAACUGAAAAUAUGCGCCUUCAAAGACCAGGUCUUAAUGCAGAAGAAAUCGCACAAAUCUCAAACUUCUCUUCAUGGCUACUAACAGUCGGAGACGGUAACAUUGGUAAACCUGAUGCGAAUGACUCCCAAAAUACAAAAGUUAUUGAAAUCCCUUCACAUUUCUUAAUACCUUUCCACCAAAAUGCACUUACUAAGCUAAUUGAAUUCAUAUAUGACGAGGACACAUUGCAAAAUCCAACCGCCACUAACCUUAGUACAAAAGCAAUAGUCUGUCCUAAGAAUGAAACUGCAGAUGACAUUAACUGUAAAGUGCUUGAUAUGACCCCAGGAACAACCAGAACUUACCUCAAUACGGACACAAUAGUUCCUCACACUGGAGACCAUAUAGACACUGAAAUCCUUUAUCCAACCGAAUAUCUCAAUCUUCUUACCUUUAAUGGAUUACCGCCACAUCAAUUACAACUGAAACUUAGCACCCCAAUAAUGUUGUUGCGCAACUUGAAUCAGACUGAAGGUUUAUGUAAUGGAACACGACUAAUAGUAACACAGCUACUGCCCAAAGUUAUCGAGGCACAAGUAAUAACAGGAACAAUGAUAGGUCACCGUGUGUACAUUCCGCGUAUAACUUUAACCUACACAGACAAAGACCUGCCAUUUCUAUUCAAAAGAAAGCAAUUUCCAAUAAGGUUGUGUUAUGCAAUGACUAUAAACAAAAGCCAAGGACAGUCGUUAAAUAAAAUAGGAGUUUACUUGCCACAACCAGUUUUUAGUCAUGGACAACUAUACGUAGCUUUAUCACGUGCUACUAGCCCAUCAUCGUUAAAAAUUUUGCUUAUUCCUGAAGAUAAAAACAGCCCAAACGAAACAAAAAACAUUGUAUAUUCUGACUUUCUGACAGAAAUAAAUACAUCACUCUCCAUGACUAUCAAACGCAUCAGUGAAAUCAAACCUUGCGAGCCAGCUGGCGAAGGAGAUGCUAUUGAAGCCUCGGCCAGCUCAGCGAAACAGAAAUACUAUGAUUCCAAGCUAAAGUUGAAUUCAUGCUAUGCUAUAUCGGGCUUUCUAUCAUUAGAAGCAAGGAAGACCAUGCAAGUAGUGAAACACCCAGCUACAAUCAGAUUAGGACAAACAGCGACAUUUGUGCCCAUUGAAGACCCUGACAUUCCUACCUAUCACUACAACUUUGCAACCCGUGAACAGCUACAAGAACGACUAUAUAAUAAUACAGUCUUAACUGGUAAACUCUAUUAG